UUAAAACAUUCCGACAAUCCGUGAAUCUUGCCGUUUCGCGAUUUUUUGUUGGUCGCACCAGCUUUCCGGCGAUAAUUCGUAAUCCUGCUUGUUUGGAGUAUCGGGAAUCCUGCCGUCGCCGGUACAGAUUUGGUAAAACAGACCAUAUCAAAUCGUUGCUCCGGAAGUUCGUUAGUUUAAGGUCUUGUACACUCUGGUCACCAACAGCAGCGGUUUCAAAACCUUCCGGUGGUACCUACCGUUCGGCUUAAAGUAUGUUGACUAUGACAGGACCACAUUCAAGAAGUCGCAGUCGGAAAAAUUUAGCUGCUGCCACUGGCUCGACCAGACGCACCUUAAAAAUAGUCAAUCAGAAACGAACAUUUCCUCGGCAAAUUCUUCGAUGGUGCGAAGUCGCCCGGCGAGCUAACGGGAGUCCGCUUCGACCGGUAGACUUGGAGCUUUCCGCCCGAGCGGAGGCUAGGUCACUUUCACUGCCGCUCGUUGCUGGAGGCUGCUUGCGCUUCGCGUACAGCCUUUACAUGUUCCGCUCCAGCGUGGCGUCGCGCAGUGACUCCGUUGAGCCUUCUGCCACUGAGUUCGACGAAGAAGGCGUUUCAAGAGAAACGAGAACAUGAGGCCAAUCUGAAGCACAAGCCGGAUGUUGCCAAGCAGCACAUAUCGCUGCGACACACGAAGCCAUCCAAAACUUGCUCCUCUAAUGACUAUGCCAACUGUCGCUGAGUUGCCAAGAGGUAGUGCAUU